AUGGCCAUUGAGAAGCUCCCACUCAUCUCCGCGGACAAUGAAUGGUCUCCCCUCAAGGCAGUCAUUGUCGGCCGCGCGGAACACUCGACUUUCCCCUCCGAGCCUCCUCACAUGAUCGCGGCAACGAUGCCGCAAGAGCAUGCUCUCGAGUUCAGACCGGCCAAUCCUUUCCCUGCUGACGUAGUGCUCAAAGCCAAAGAGGAGCUGGACAAUCUCGCGGCCCUCCUCGAGAGAGAGGGCAUUCUCGUGUACCGCCCCAAACAGGUCGACUGGUUGAAGGCCGGCGGCUACACGGGAGCCAUGCCUCGAGACGCGUUGAUGACCGUGGGCACUUCUCUCAUCGAAGCACAUUUUGCUUGGAGGUGCCGUCGCCACGAGGUGCAGCUGGCAUACGCGGACAUACUAUCCGAGCUCGCCGGGAGCAACGGUCCAGGCCGCAUCUGCCCAGCUCCAGUCAUCUUGGGACACGAUACCCUGUACGACGACGCCAUCAGCAAUGGCAAAGGUCAACAGCCCUGGGCCAUCAACAACUCGAGGUCAGCCUUUGAUGCGGCUGACUUUAUGCGUUUCGGCAAGACCAUCAUCGGCCAGCUUAGCAAUGUCACCAACCAGCGGGGUGUCGAUUAUCUCCGCACCGUAGUCCCGCCGGGAUACACGGUCGAGAUCCUCGAGACCAACGACGUGCACGCCAUGCACAUCGACGCCACGAUCCUUGCGCUCCGUCAGGGUGUCCUAGUAUACAACCCGGCCAGGGUCACCGAGGUGGAGCUCCGUCGACACUCCGUCUUUGCACAUGGCAAGUGGGAGCUGCACCCUUACCCAUUCGUGCCACGGCGUCGUGAGAGCCAUCGCCCGCCAAUGUACAUGUGCUCGCCGUGGUUGGUGCUCAAUGCGCUGAGCCUCGACGAGAAACGUAUUCUAGUUGAAGAGCACGACACGGAGUUUGCAGACUGGGUCCGGGACAAAUUUGGUAUGGAGCCCAUUCUCUGUCCAUUUGAGAAUGUGAACAGUCUGGGAGGCUCCUUUCACUGCGCCACAGUUGAUCUCGUUCGGGCGGCGCCCUGACCAAAGGCCC